UUAUGGCACUCGCCCUUUAAGAGGCCGCGCAUGCGCACGUCAGUGAGAAAGUUAACUCCUGAACUUCGUAGUCAGAAAAAAUUCUGAUUUAUAAAAUAGCAGGGAAAACAGCAUUGAGCUGACAUGGCAUUCCGCCGAAGAAACAAGAGUUACCCUUUCUUCAGCCAGGAGUUCUUAAUUCAAAACCACGCCGACAUCGUGUUCAGUCUGGUGAUUUUCAUUCUGAUUGGAUUGAUGUUUGAGGCAACAGCCAAGACGGCCAUACUGUUCAUUCAGCCUCAGUACAAUGUCACCACACUAUCAGCAGAGGGAGAGGUGACGUUUUACCAUUAUGGAUGGAAGGACUCCGCCACCAUCCUCUUCUAUUUCUUCAUCGCCAUCAUCCUCCAUGCGGUGGUACAGGAGUAUCUCCUGGAUAAAGUGAACCGGCGACUCCACCUCUCCAAGAGCAAGAACACCAAGUUUAAUGAGUCGGGUCAGCUGUGUGUGUUUCACUUGGUGUCGAGUGUGUGGAGUUUUUACAUCCUCAUAACAGAGGGAUAUCUCCUGCAUCCCAGCAGCCUUUGGGAGAACUAUCCCCAUGUACACCUCAGGUUUCAGGUGAAGUUUUUCUACCUCACUCAGCUGGCCUACUGGCUCCACGCCUUGCCAGAGCUCUACUUCCAGAAAGUACGCAAGGAGGAGAUUUCUCGUCAGCUCCAGUACAUCUGUCUGUAUCUGCUGCACAUCUCUGCAGCGUAUUUGUUAAAUAUGAGUCGUGUGGGUCUGGUACUCCUCUUUCUGCAGUAUGUGUCCGAGCUGGGCUUCCACAUUGCCAGGCUCUUUUACUUCACUGACGAGAACCAUCAGAAAAUGUUUGACAUGUGGGCAGUCAGCUUUGUGUUUACACGGAUGGCCACUCUGACCCUGAUGUUCCUGGCCGUUGGGUUUGGCUUGGCUCGUGCAGAGAACCAGGGGCUGGACUUGGAGAUGGGCAACUUCAACACUGUACUGAUAAGGAUGACCGUUCUACUCCUGGUAUGUUUGACACAAUCUUGGCUACUCUGGAAGUUUAUCCGCUUCCAGCUGAGGCGUUGGAGAGAGUUCAGACACGAACAGGCCGUGCGCAAGAAGACUGCCACAAAGCAAGUCCUACGGCCGCUUAAGAGAGACUCACUUGGCCACCAUGAAAACGGAGUUCUGAAAGCUGAAAACGGAGCCUCUCCUCGGACCAAAAAACUCAAAUCCCCCUAAGACAGCACGCUGACUGCCCCAAACAAGUGGCCUUAGCCCCGGGUAAGGUUUCUCAUCCCCCACAACAGGGAAGCUGGCAGCCGCUGGCCACCAAGCCCCUUGUUGAGUAUGCCCUGAGACGUUCCAGGGACUCGGUCACCCACAGACUUAGGCUUGAAUGCUGGAAAACGAAAACCCCUCAAGCCCAACAGACAUUUACUCCUCUCAUCAUAUCAGUAUUUUUUUUUUAUACAGCCACGCAGCCUGCUAUCCCACCCUAAGGAGCACUAUUGUAUGAUUCAAAUGUAAAGUGAACGCAGUAUGCAGCACACGUUUGCUGUGUCUGUCAGUGAUGAUGCAUAUCCUCAUACACAAGUACUGUAUUGGUUGCAGUGUUGUCUCAUGUCACAGCUUUUUUUUUUUUUUCAGCUCUUCCCAUUGAGCCGGCUUUGCUUGUUUUUUUGUUUUUUUUUUGUCUGGUCCAUUUCAGCAGAGAAUGUUACUGAUGAUAUGGUUUGAUACGAGCUUACUGUAUGCUGGCCUCAACAUCAUCCCUUCACUGCUCCAUGGAAGGGACCAGUGGAGUGGCCACCUGAGCUCGCCCCAACAGUUUAUGUCUGUCGAAAAACAUUUGUCACUGGUCACUUAACAGAUAAGCAUCAAGUAUGUAUGUUGGAUAUUACCGCAUGCCAUUCCAUGUUUGUUUUUUGUUUUUUUCUUUUAAUUGUUUUGUUAAUUACUUUAUUAAAUAAUGCAUUUUCCUGAAAUAGAUUGUGGGACUUGAUUGUGAAGUAUUCUACAUUUUCUGUUUUCAUUUUCUACACCUGGCUCACCAUAACAACAAAUCUCAAUGUUUGUAAUUGGUAAAGACGAACAAAUGGCGGCAGAUUUUACAUGGAUGCUAUGGAAAACAUGAAUUGAACACAGAAUGCAAUCAUUUACAAACAAACCUUGAUAAACGACAUUUGUUUUGCAAACUGUUUCUGAGCCUAUGUAGUUAUAUCCAUCAUACAGUCAUGUGUUUCACAAAGUGGUGAACCUCAUCCCAUCCUUGCUUUGGAACAACUGAGCCUUUUCCAGGACACCCCUUUAAUAUCCAAUCAUGAUACUGUCACAUGUUACGAAUGAACCGGAGCUAUCUAUUUUCGGAGCAUUCCACAACUAUCCCAGUCUUUUGUCUCCCCUGUCCUGACUUGUUUGAAAUGUGUUGCUGGCAUGACAUUCAGAAUCAGCAUGUUUUUUUUGUUUUGUUUACAAAAAUCAAGUUAUUAACAUUUAAUAAAGUAAAAUGAGGUAAUACAUUAAA